UUUUGGGGGCCAGCUAACACUCGCCUAUCAUCAGUCAACGUAAAGCCAACUCCUCCUCUUCUGCUGUUACGCACAUCUAUGCAGCCUCCUUGGCACAAGACAAAACAUUUUCUAAACAAACUACUGUAAAGGAAAACUGCUUCUUCUCCCAGGAUUUUAUUUUCGUUUUUUAAGCUUGUUUUUGUUUUUAUGAUUUUUUCUUUCUGCAAAGCAAAAGUAGUUUGCCGUAAGUCUCAACUUGGACUGUUAAGGAGGAGGAAAAGCCUUUCUCAAAUACCCAGGUCUAGUUUUUUUCUGUUUGAAAUAUUAUUUUUCGGGCUGGGCGAUGCAGUAGAAAGCUGCUGCUCAUAUUUUGGCACUGCCAUUUGUACUGAGUUACGAACUGUUCUGCAGAAGAAAAGAGGAAAUAUUUUGCAGACUGUCGAAAACCUGAAAUAUUACUCCCGGCGAGGAGCAGAGCUGAGAUCCAUGCAACGGGAGCUUCUAUAGUUGGUAUGUUUAGUCACCGUAAAUGGAAAAGAAAAUCUAGAAAGAGCAGUUGGCAGUGAAACAUAUUAUCAUGCCUGAGAUAAAAUAGAUGCCACUAAGAGAAGGCAAAUCUGUGCGCUUUUUAAUGAAUUAAUCAUAGCUUAUUAAUAACGAGAGCUGGAGAGAUUCGGAUGACGGUUUCCAUUGGCAGAUGAGACGUAGUGUGGAGAACACGUGUCCAGUUUUUCCCUCAUAUUUUUUCCUCCCUGAUCUGGAUUUCUCGCUUGUCACGGCAAGAAAGGAAACGUUAAAAGAUCGAAAAUUUUGAGUGGCAUAAUUGCAGAAGGUUCCCCCUCUCAUGGACAUCUUGGCUUGCAGAUCUGAAGAGAACAGUUAUAACAUCCUCCCAUCGGCGGCUACGAUGCUUUUCCAUGGCCUCCCCGGAGGCGACGUUCGCGGUGUGGUGGAAGAAAUGGACCGGAGAGGAAAGAGCGAGUCAGCGGCCAUCAGCUCAGCCAUCGAUAUGGGAGAGUCAGAGACGUCCAUGCCAUGCAUGACCAACGAGCGCGUGGCUCUGUGCGCGGGCUGCGGCAGGAAAAUCGCGGACCGAUAUUACCUGUUGGCCGUGGACAAGCAGUGGCACAUGCGCUGCCUCAAGUGCUGCGAGUGCAAACUCAACCUGGAGUCCGAGCUCACCUGCUUCAGCAAAGACGGCAGCAUCUACUGCAAAGAGGACUACUACAGAAGAUUUUCGGUGCAGAGAUGCGCUCGGUGCCACCUGGGAAUCUCGGCCUCGGAGAUGGUGAUGCGAGCUCGGGACCUGGUCUACCACCUCAACUGCUUCACCUGCACUACCUGCAGCAAGAUGCUCACCACCGGGGACCACUUUGGCAUGAAAGACAGUCUGGUGUACUGUCGGCUGCACUUUGAGACUCUCAUCCAGGGAGAAUAUGAGACACAUUUUAACCACGCGGACGUGGUGCCGCACAAAGGCCUGGGCCCGGCCAACACGCUCGGACUAUCCUACUUCAGCAGCGUGGGGACGGUGCAGAAAGGAAGGCCGAGGAAGAGGAAAAGUCCUGGGCCAGGGGCCGAGCUGGCUGCUUAUAAUGCAGCGCUGAGCUGUAACGAGAACGACGGCGAAUCCAUGGACAGGGACUCCCAGUACAGCUCCAGUCAGAAGACCAAGCGCAUGCGGACGUCCUUCAAGCAUCACCAGCUGAGGACCAUGAAGUCCUACUUUGCCAUCAACCACAACCCAGACGCCAAGGACCUCAAGCAGCUUGCCCAGAAAACUGGCCUCACCAAGCGGGUCUUACAGGUGUGGUUCCAAAACGCUCGGGCCAAAUUCAGGAGGAACCUGCUGCGGCAGGAGAGCACCGGGGUAGACAAGGCGUCCGACGGCUCCACGCUGCAGGGUGGUACACCGUCAGGCCCGGCCUCUGAGAUCUCCAACGCCUCCAUGAGUCCCUCCAGCACACCCACCACCCUUACGGACUUGACCAACCCCACCAUGCCCACUGUCACCUCUGUGCUCACCUCCGUGCCGGGUAGCAUGGAUGUCCACGAGUGCCGGAGCCCAUCACAGACCACGCUGACCAGCCUCUUCUGAUAGAUGGAGCCCUUCUUCACAGCCCCCUCUCCCCUGCCCUCCCUGGCCCCAUCCCUUAGCUCCCCCCUGCUCACCUCUGCUCCUUGUGGAUCUACAAUUAAGCACGGUUCACUCCUUGGAACAUUUAACGGAUUAGAAAACAAAAGGAAGCAAACUGAAAAGGUUUCCUUUAGAGACUGUUUGAUUAGUGAGGUGGCUGAGCCUUACACACCGAACAUUUGUUGUUAUUUUGAUGUUGUCUUGUUGAGAACUGAGGAGACUUGAUUUGCAUUUUUCAAUGUUUACAGAGAGAGACUGAAACUGGUCAAAAAAAAUUUGGAAUAUUGUUUUUUCCAGCACAGUAUUUAUGUUAUAUUGUACAAGAGUCAC